GAAGUAGCCCACAAAGGAGAACUCAGCAGCAGUUCUCUUGGAUGCCUCAUGUGCUCAGAAGGGAAAGGCAACUUUGAAGCUCAGACGCAUUAACAGCUGCAGAAACAUAGGGAGCUCAAGCAACCCUCUGGAAACCUCCGCCGAGGAGUAAAACACCAGGAGAGAAGGACUUGGAUUCCCACCAUGGCAUCUGUUCAUCUGCUCCUGCUUCUCUUCUCCCUGGCUUUCACCAGUGUCUGUGGCAAUUUGGGGCAGUCAUUUCCAGAAGAAGAUGAGAAUGAGGAAAAGGCUCAUUUGGAUGACAUUUUCCAAAGGGCAGAGAGCAUCAUCUUGAGGUCUGUUUUUAGAAAAAUGGAAGAGGAUGAAGAGGAUCCCAACAAAGAUUUAGUUACUCCCCAAUUGGACCAGAUCACUAAAAGGCAGCACCCUGGGAAAAGAGAUCUAUACAGUCUGGAAAAGAGGCAACAUCCUGGGAAAAGAGACCAAGAUGAUGGUUUUAAUCUCUACUCAGAACUGCAGAAGAGGCAGCAUCCAGGCAGACGGUCCCUGUGGGAACAAUACCUCAACACCCCCAACAGCCAACUGGCUUAUCUGAAUGAAUUAUCUAAGAGGCAGCAUCCAGGUAAGAGAUACCUGGCAUACAGCAAGCGACAGCACCCUGGAAAGCGAAGUUGGGAUGAAGAGACCGAGGAAGUAGAGCAGAACCUGGAGAAACGGCAGCAUCCAGGGAAGAGGUAUCUGAGUUCGGAGAGUCCAGAUUACACUGCUCCCUGUGACCUGCAGGAUUCCCUGGAAUGCAGCAAAAGCAGCUUGCUGCUUGAGUUGCUAGAUAGCGUCAGCCAAGGCCGGGGAGAAGAGAAGCGGCAACAUCCUGGAAGAAGGUCUUUGUUGGAUGGGGAGGUGGAGGCAGAGGAGUGAGGUACAGCAUCUCUCUCCAUGUUUGUUCAUUGUUUACAUUCCUUUGAAGGACCCCGCCCAAAUCUCCAGACUUUUCAGAAGUCCACUCCACUCAUAUAUGCCCUUUUCAACUCUGCUUGCUGACCUACUUCACUGGUAGUUCUUCACCAUAUGUUCUUUCCUGUCAGGCUACGAUUUGGCUGGAGCAGUGCAUGGAAGCGUGGAUUUCAUUCUAAGGACACAUUGAGAGGCACGUUGUCUGGCUUGUCCAUCUGCUUAAAAUGAAGCUGUCUUAAUAAAGUAUGGUUCUGGUAUUAUUAUUUUUCUACAAGCACUUGUAGGCCAAAGAUACACGCAGAAUGAAAGGCAUAUUGUCAUAUCGGUUGAAUAUCCCUUAUCCGAAAUACUUGGGACCACAAAUGUUUUGGAUUUUGGAAUACCUGUAUUUUGAUAUAUGUAUAUAAAGAGGUCUUUUAAAAUUGGGAUCCAAAUCUAAACAAGAAAUGCAUUAAUGCUUCAUAUAUUCCCUAUACACAUAGCCUGAAGGUGAUUUUUAUACAUUAUUUUUUAAUAAUUUUGUGCAUGAAAUCAAGUUUGUGUACAUUGAACCAUCAGAAACAAAGCAUCACUAUCUCAGCCACACAUGUGGACAAUUUUGGAACAGUUUGGAUUUUAGAUUUCUGGAUAAGGGAUGCUCAGCCUGUGAUAUGAGAAUGGGAUGUAGACUUUGAUGGUCAACAAUGGCAGCCCAGUUUCAUAGAGAUGUUCCAUGCUCAUGUUUUAAUGUCCUCACAAUACAAAUAUGUGUCUUUAGCUGUCUAGCAGCUAUUUCCCUCCACAUGUUGGGAAGCAGGCCAGGAGAGAAGCACCUCUGGGUUUCUGUGGCUUAUUGUGGAUCCUCACCCGGUUCAUGGAAGCCCCUAGGGCUCCUGAUUCCAUGAGUCCCCAUACUCUUGCCAGGCGGACAGAUUCCCCCAUUUGCUGCUGUCUUUUCCAAUGUCUUCCUUUUUCUAAUGGGUGAAUAUUAGUGAUAUCUCCAAUUAAUGAAUAGAGAUAAAUAUAAUUACAGAAUCAGAUGUAAAACAUUGCUGAGCUGGAAUCUACACUCUUCAUCACAGGAGAUGGCAAGUUCUUCCACCAAAGAGUGUUUUCCAUCACACAGGCUGACCUCAGUAAACUGGAAACUCUGAAAUGAACAAAGGAAGAGAGUACUGACUGACUACAUGCCUUAUACAGAUAGUCAAUACUGAGCCAUCCACUAUGGAUAACAAUUGUAUUAUGGAUGGGUGAAAAAAAGGGACCACACAAGAUGAAGGAAUGGCAAUACAUGGGAUUUCAUGGUUUGGACAUUAACAUGCAUAGCCCUUCAAAUCCACUAUAGGCCUUUUGUAAUUAAAAUAAUUCAUCCCAAGCAGUCCUGUUGGCUAAGGCCUAAAAUAUUAUAUUCAUUGUGGAGACCAAGCACUACAUUCAUGCUCUUUAGGACAGUCUUCCAAAACCUAAAGCAGCUACAGUAUGUUGGAUUACAUUUCCCUCCGUCCCCAGCAUGGCCAUUGGAGGCAUCAAGUCAGGGAAUGUUGGUUUAACAGGACUGCUGGAAUGAUUUGUAGCUACUGUAUUGCACAUUUUCUCGAUUACAGCUAGUGAACUCCCAAAAGUUGUUCUAAAUGGAGGAGUGGGGGAGACUGAAAAUUAUUUUGGCUAUGUUGAUAUCCCAAGUGUGAAUAAUGCCUGGACCAGAUGUCAUACUUGAUCACAAAGUGCUGAACAAUUGCACAAUUUCUCAAACAAGCUUGCUUAUUAACUAUGUUUAUGAAUUAAACAAAAGCAGCAAAGGAAUGCAGACAUGUAGCAUUGGUUUAGGAAGUGGAGACAAAGAGAUUGUGGCAGUUUCUUACACAUUCAGUUACAUGCUUGUGUAUGGACAGACUAAAUAUUUAUUUUGAAAGCAGGAAUGGGGAACCUUUGGUUCUCCAGAUGUUGGACUGUUACUUUCAUCAAUCUACAUUAGGGAUUUUCAGUGCAGAGACAUCAGAAGGGUCACCUAUUCCUCAGUCCUGCUACUUGAAACAAGCCAUGCCUCCUGCUAUUCAGGCAACAAGGAUGAUGUUGAUCCAGCCAUUAUUGAGGUCCCUGCACCAUGGAUGAUCAGGAAGAGGAGGAACUCCUUGCUGGACACAGUAUUGCCUUGGGCUUUACGGAAAAUGAACAAAAAUGGAUCUUAGACUAGACAGUCUGAUAAGUCCCAGCUGUUUCCAGUAUGAGAACUGAACGUGUAGAUGGUAAAGAGUGGCACAUAGCUGGGGGGAGAGCUAUGGCUGCUUUACCAUUCCCAUCAUACUAGGUGUAUCCCAUCAACUGCUGUACUGAUUCCACAAAGCCAGAACCUUUCACUUGGAGUCUCUAGGCCAGCUUUCCUCAGAUGUAUUGGUCUACCUCUCUCAUCAUCAUCAAGGGCUGUGUUGGCUGGGGAAUUGUGGGAUUUGUAGUCUGAAAAGUAUAUCAUAUGAGCCAUGCAAAUUGCAAUCACAGCAGGACAACAGGAUCUGUACCUUGGGCUUAUCACAUGACAUUGCUCCUUUCCCACCACUCUCCCAGUGAGAGACUGUUGGAAGGCGUUACUUUUGCUAAAGGAAAUAAUUAACACAUUAUUUAUAUUUGAAAAAGAAAUGUUUCCAGGCUGUGUCCCGCUGAGAGAUAUGUGGGAAAUAAGUGAUAUCAUGAAGUAAGUCCUGUAGUAAUUGUGAUUUGCUUGUUUUUUGUGAGAUACUCCUAACACAUCUCCAGGUAAUCAUGUUAAGGAAAACAUUCAAGCUGUUCUGUGAUGAGACUUACAAGCUCUCCUGGGUAACUGAGUGACUUCUCUCUGCUGAAUAAGGUAUGAAAGAAUGUCAUCCUCUAAAUGUACAGGAUUGAUGGAUAGAGAAAAUUGGCAUGCCUACUUUAGCCAAAUUCAAAUUUGCUGCUACUUGUGCUCACAGAGGGACUCACAGGAGUGCAAAGUUUUGUUUGGGAAAUCCACAGCAGCCUGCUUCUGUUACUGUCAAAAAAAACCGUUUGGAAAUGAUACCUCACUUUACUUCAAAAUAAUGAUUGAACAACAAUCCUAAUGUUGAACUACAGAAAACAAGUAUCUUCACCUCACUGUGUGAAUUGUCUUUUAAAAUAAGGAAAACUCUGCCAAUAUUCCCAAAUGUCUUUAGUUUCUGUAGUUUAACCGUGUUAAUUUGCCAUUAACAAAUAAAUAUUUAUCGUGAACAAUG